AUGAAUCCCAAUAUGUUUGUUGAUGAUCCCACUCUUUUAUUUUUCUCUAGCUGCAAUCAUUCCGACAAGUACAAUCACAUCAUUCAAUCUUUAACGCCAAUUUCUCAGAACUUGGCACUUGAGUUUGGCGAACUGAAGGACAAUGAGGUUGAUCGUUAUAUCAUAUUACAGACCGAAAAACUCAGAAUUUUGUUGCAAGAGCAAAGAGCACAACAAGUGGCAGAAUUGUUAGAAAAGGUAGAAUCGGACGCAUUUUAUAUGUUAAGUCAGAAAGACGAGCAAUUAGCACAAGCAGCAAAGAAAAGGAUUGAGUUAGAAGAAUUUUUGAGAAGGCUAGAAGCAGAAAAUCAAUCGUGGAGACGAGUGGCCCAAGAAAAUGAAACUAUGGUAUUAUCGCUACAUAACGCUUUAGAACAGAUGAAAGAAAGAGCUUCUCAUGUGAUGGCGAUGGAAGAUGUUGAAUCCUGCUGUGAUGAAAUUAGGAGAGACAUGGGAAUGGAAGAACAAAUUUGCAAAGGUUGUAAUUCUCGAAGCUCGUGUUUUAUGUUCCUUCCUUGCAGACACCUUUGUUCUUGCAGAAAUUGUGAGGCCUUUCUCCAAGCUUGUCCUGUAUGCAGAACGCAAAAGAAGUAUAGUAUAGAAACUUUAAUUUUUUAA